ACUGCUUUAGAGUAUGUGAUGUUGAGGGGUAACUUUUAGGAGGCCCUAAAGCCUCCUCUUAAACUCCUCAUCUGAAGGCUAGAGCUGUCUCCUUACUCUCCAAAGGAGGUAGGAGGUGGGAGGAAAAUGACAAAAGAGACCCUGGUCCCCAGCCCAGCUCAGCCCUCCUCCCCAAGCUCUACUCUGUGUUAGAAUGCUGGGGGUUAGACUGGAGAGGGAGCCCUCCAGGUUACCUGAGCAUCAUAGUUUACAUUCCCCUGACUAGUUCAAGGACCUAAAAAGGUGACUGUUUGUAUAGAACUCCUUCUAACAGCUUUUCCAGGCCUCUCCUGUAUCUGCAGACAUGAAAAGUUGAAUUCUGCAGUUCUAGGGACCUGGUGACUUUGCUGCUUCCCUCUAGACUUCCAAGCUUCCCGGCUCCCCUCUGCCUAAAAAACCACUACACCCAUAGUCCUCUGCUCUAGGGCCUCCCAACCCAAAGUCCUCUGCCUACCUCAAGGCAUACUGCAUCUCCCUCUUUCCUCUUCUACUGACUGAUGGGCAGAGCCUUUCACCUCCUGCAGGACAUGCCCACUCCUCCACUCUGCUCCCCCUGGCCUCUACCUUUAUAACCCUCAAAUUAUCUCGCUAUCCCAAGGGCUCCCUCUUCUAACUCCCCCACAUUGUCCUCUGGGAGCUCUUUUCAGCUCUCUGAGUCUCCCCAAACCUGUUUCCUAGCACCCUCUUCCACAGAGUUCUCUCUAAUGCACCUACUUUGCUUUUGCCUCCCUGCAUUUACACCUAUGUCUGCAGGUAUACAGACAUAUGCACACGUCCCAUCUCCCUCUGUGCACUGGGAGAUGUUGCUGACCCUUCCUUCCUCUUGCUAGUCACUCUUCCCUCCUCCAAUCCUCUUUUGCCCCCACCUCCUAGUGCACAGGAUAGGUCUCUGUGCUUGUAGUGCCAAUGAGGACAGUGAGGCAGUGACACGCUACUAGGGGAGCACCCCGAAGGGAAAACCAGUCCAAGUUCUCCAUCUUACUUCUGGAAAAGACUUUGUUGGAUGCUUUUCAACUAAAAGUAGAUAAUUAAUUUAGCCCUGACCUUGUUCUGUCUUUGAAUAACAUAAAUUAGUUUACUUGAAAAGAAAUCUUUUCAUUUGUAUUUCCAUGUCACCUGUGAUUUUCCCUGCCUUCCACCCGCAGCCCUGCCAACUGGCAGGAAGGUUAGCAAAGCUGCUGAUAAGAGGAGUAUAAAAAGGCUUGGGUCAUGGUAAGGGGCCACUUGUGGUCUACUCCACUGGCAACAUGCUGAGCUUCCUCGUCUUUGCCACCCUGGUCCUUUAUGGACACAGCACCCAGGAUUUUCCGGAAACCAACGCCCGGGUGGUUGGAGGGGUUGAGGCCCGGAAGAAUUCCUGGCCCUCUCAGAUUUCCCUCCAGUACUGGUCCAGAGGUAACUGGUAUCACACCUGUGGAGGGACCCUUGUCAGACGGAACUGGGUGAUGACAGCUGCUCACUGUGUGGACAACCAAAUGACGUUCCGUGUGGUGGUUGGAGACCACAACCUGAGUCAGAAUGAUGGUACUGAGCAGUACGUGAAUGUGCAGAAGAUCGUGGUGCAUCCAUACUGGAACAGCAAUAACGUGGCUGCUGGCUAUGACAUCGCCCUGCUGCGCCUGGCCCAGAGCGUUACCCUCAACAACUACGUCCAGCUGGGUGUUCUGCCACGGGAGGGAACCAUCCUGGCUAACAACAGUCCCUGCUACAUCACAGGCUGGGGCAGGACCAGAACCAAUGGACAGCUGGCCCAGACCCUGCAGCAGGCUUACCUGCCCACUGUGGACUAUGCCACCUGCUCCAGCUCCUCCUACUGGGGCUCCACUGUGAAGAACACCAUGGUGUGCGCUGGAGGAGAUGGAGCUCGCUCUGGAUGCCAGGGUGAUUCUGGAGGCCCCCUCCACUGCUUGGUGAAUGGUCAGUAUACUGUCCAUGGAGUGACCAGCUUUGUGUCCAGCCAGGGCUGUAAUGUCUCCAGGAAGCCCACAGUCUUCACCCGGGUCUCUGCUUACAUCUCUUGGAUGAAUAAUGUCAUUGCCAGCAACUGAACAUCUUCCUGAGUACAACAGCCAUGCCAAGAUAAUUCUUUAAUUCGUAGCAGGACUUGAGGCCAUCAAGAAAAAAACAUUCUAGGAGACUAUUGAACCAGAUACAGAAAUGCAAAUAAAACUGCAUACACAUUA